AUGGCACAAAAUAUCAUUUAUUCAUGUUGGGGCCUGGCAGAGGAAUUACUCAGUGGAGGACGAGUCAUCGAUUCCAUAAAAACUCUUGAAUGUUUACUGAGUAGCGUCGGAUUCGAUCGGGAGAGAUUAUAUGAAGUCGAAACAAGAGUUCGACUUGCACAAAUAUAUUUGAAAUAUACUCGGAAUUUUGUAUCUUGUAAGAAUCAUUUAUUGGCUGCUGAUUUGGUUUUGAAAGCUAUCAUCGAGCAAGUCACGACAAGCAUCGAAACAUAUUAUCUAGAUCCUUCUCUCAAAAUCACAACAUUACAAAUUCAAAUUUACAAAUGUUUAGGUUCUGUCUAUGCUCAAAUUAAUGAAUUUCCGAGUGCCUGUGAAGCCUAUACGAAAGGAAUUGAUUUUGUAGAAAGUAUACUAGGAAUGAUUUCAAAAAAGAAGAAUCCAUCGUCCCAUGAAGAAUCUUUAAAAACGAGUAUGCAAGCAUGGAGACACUAUUUUCGAAUCGCUCUUCUUCACACUCUGGAGAUUGACAAUUUUAUGAAUGACAGGAGGAUGGAAAUUCAGCAACAAUUGGAUUUGGGAGAAAAAGAAGAAAGUGAGCUGUUCAAGAUUGAAAAACAGAAAAAUUCUAAAGCGAUCAAUACCAGAGUACUUGCGUAUUAUAUUGUAAGAGUUUAUCAAGCAAUCAAACAAGAUCAUGUUUACGUUGCUUGGAGUAUCACAACAUUGGAAAAGAAAAAUGAAAACAUUUCAAACUAUCUCACAAAAAUCCAUGAAGAAAUUGGUGUUGAAAUGGGAAGCGACGAAGAAAAACAACUCUUAGAUAAUCCAAAGAAUGCAGAUGUGAUUUUGCUCUAUCUCAAUUAUCUCAUCAUGGCAUGUCUCUAUAGAAUGUCACUGGGUGAUCUAGCGUCAUUCAAAACCAUUCUAAAAUCCAUUCAAGAUUCUGUGGCCAAAUUACAAGUGUACUCGAAAAAUCCUGAUGUGUUUACCUAUGAAUGGAUUGAAAUAGUCCCAAUUGUUAGUACUAUUUGGCUUAUUGCUAGUCUUUACUAUAGAACUCAGGGUCAAUUUGCAAAAUCUGAAGCGUUCAAUACCAAAGGAAUUGCAACAGCUGACAAGUACAUUAAGGAAUUGACCAACGCUGCUGGAUUUGCAUUGGACAAGAAGAGAAAUGAUAAUGCUCUCUUUUCACUAUUUGUGAAAUUUAAUCUACUGCAAGAUAUGAUUCUCAUUCAUUUAUCCAGAUCGGAAUUUAUUCUAGCUACGAAAAACACCAUCAAACUCAUUGAUUUUCUUUAUCAAUUCCCAGAUUUAUUUAUCACCUAUAGACAUAAUAUUCAUUUAUUGAUUGGAAUUUUACUCUUUUUCACGGACAAGGAGAGAAGUGCUGAUUCUGCAUGCAACGAACAUUUUGAAUUUAUCAUCAAAAACUGUCCGAGCAAACAACUCGCUACAUGGGCCACCAUUUUCCAACUGUUUUGGAAACUCAAUUGUUCAGAGUCGAUAUUCUCUACAAACGAUCUUUUUAACGAUGUUGAUGAUUUGACAAGGUCGUUGAAGACGAAUGGUCUUCGAGAGGUUGAAAGCUUUCAGACCUACAUUUCAUUUAUUAAGGGAGUUCUCUGCCUCAGAAACAAUGCUUUCGAUGAAUCGAAAAACCACUUUCAAAAAUCUCUCAAAAUUUCAGACCAAUUUGCACUGUCACAAAGGAGCGUCAUACGUCAAUGUAUGUUAGGAAUUUUGCAAUCGGAUUGGAAGCUUGGAGAAAAUUCGAAACAAAAGACACUCGAACAAGUCACAAAAUUGUUACAAGAGUCUAAGGAAGAUCAAGAUUUAUUUUCGGAACUUCAAAGCUUAUCAUUUCUCAUGGAAAUGUCGUCGUCGUCUUCGUCGAGCUUGAAUGCAGCAACAGCUAAUAAUAAUAAUAUAAUGGACACGUCAAAUGAUUUUGAUAUUGGCAACAUUCGAUUAAGUCAACCAGAACCAAUCAAUCAUGAAUUCGAUCAAGCUCAACAACGACUAGCUGACAAUGUUCAAACCUUAUUGACAAGCAAUACUGACAUUAAUACACACUAUGAAAUCUUAAAAUCAUGGUUCCCAGAAGUGAACAAGAGUUAUAAGAUCAACAAAUUGACUCGUUCCUUCUCAUCAAGUGUUUCAAAAACUUUGGACAAUACGAGUCCUCACAACAAGAUUCGAUACAAUUAUAGUCAUGAGUGUGAACAACUCGUCAAUGAACAGAUCAAUCAUGAAUUGAAUGCUUCCUACUUUUACACGGCUUUGGGUACUUAUUACUCUCAACCAACAGUAGCCUUGCCCGGAGUGGCCAACUACUUUUUGGCUCAAUCCAAUGAAGAACGAAGACAUGCUCAUUCCUUGAUUCAUUAUCAGAAUAGUAGAGGUGGUAAGGUUCAAUUUUCUGCCAUUCAAGCACCUCCCGAUUUUAGUACUGUAUUAUCCGGAUCAUCAUCAGCAGCACCUCAACAACAAGGUAAUUCUUGCGAUACUGCUGGUUGUACCAAUAAUAUUGCAACCGUUACUACAAGAGGCUUUGAAUUGGCUAUUGAAACUGAGCGAAUGGUCUAUGAUAAGAUCCGAUACAUUUAUCAUGUUGCAGAGAGUCAACGUGAUUUUGCUCUCACUGGAUUUUUGCAAAAGUUGAUUGACGAACAAGUGGAGAGUUUGAGAGAAUUGCAAGAAUUGUAUACCAAAUCGAAGAGAAUGGUCAAUGAAUAUUGGUUUGAUCAGUAUUUGGCCAGUGCAAAUGUUGCCUCGAGUGUUGAUAGUGGUGCUGAUGGAUCUAAAUCAGGCAGUGCUCAAUAA